AUGUUAAGUAUCAAUGUUACAGUUGUUUCAACGCCAUUAGAAAAAGGCGGAUGUUUCAUGUCUAUUCCUUGGUUUGCUAUUGUAACCGCUUUUACGAGAGCGGUAUUUCGCAUGACUCUGAGUGCCAUUUCUUCUAAAAUUAGCUGUAUCCAUCAUGUGGCUUUGAAACCCUCAAGUGGAAGGUACAAACGCGUUACAAUUAUUUUUAAUAUCAUAAAAGCAAAGCGCCAUCUAGUAACAAAUAGUCUGCGCUUGAUGGGACUGUUACUGGCCAUUGCGUUAUAUAUUUUGAAAAACUUUCGAUGA